AUGGACUGCGUGGGCCAUGGUGUGUGGGUCAAGAGCGUGGUCCUGCCUAGUGGAACUGUGCAGGAGUUCAAAUUUGCCGUGGCCACUGAAGGCGCCGUGGUCCGCUGGCAGGAUGGUCCCAACAGGCAGCUUACCGUGCCCGACGAGCCGAGCGAAGUGCACGCCGUGUGGGCCGGUGCUUUGAAUGUGUCGCAGUCCAGCGCGCUGCUUGUCCGCCCCAUGCCGCAGAAGCAGGGCAUGCGUUUCAUGACGUUCAAUUGCCGCUUUGACACGUCACGAGACGGACGACACCGGUGGGCCAACCGCAAGGAAGGGUUCAUCCGCGCCAUCGCCGAGCAGAGGCCUGGCACCUGCGCCGUGGGCCUCUGUACUGAACUCUGUUCUCUCCACGGAGAGUAG